AUGCUGAGCCAGCUGUGUCUGACCUUCUUCUUUCUCAGGUGUUUCAUUGCUGCAACCCCAGCAGCUGUGCCUGAGGAUGUGCUGGUGGGCAUCGUGGGGGGCCACAGUGCUCCUCAGGGGAGGUGGCCAUGGCAGGUCAGCCUGAGGACCUACAGCUACUACUUUGCCUCCUGGGUGCACAACUGUGGGGGCUCCCUCAUCCACCCACAGUGGGUGCUGACUGCUGCCCACUGCAUCCACGAGAGAGAUGCUGACCCAUCGGUCUUUCGGAUCCACGCUGGGGAUGUGUACCUCUACGGGGGGAAGGAGCUGCUGGGUGUGAGCAGGGUCAUUGUUCGCCCAGACUUUGUCUAUCCUGGCCUGGGUUCCGAUGUAGCCCUGCUCCAGCUGAUGGAAUCUGUGCAGCCCUCUGAUAAUGCCAAGCCUGUCAAGCUGUCCUCUGAGUCUCUUGAGGUCAGCCAGAAGUAUGUGUGCUGGUUGACUGGCUGGGGUGCAGCGAGCAUCCACACCUCUCUUCCCUCAGGAUCGCUGCCUCCUCUCUACCACCUGCAGCAGGUGCAGGUGAAGAUAGUGGACAACGACCUUCAUGAGAAGCUGUACCACGAUGCCUCUGGGUAGCACUAUGAGGGCCGGAGACUGAUCCUACAGGACAUGCUGUGCACAAGCAGUGAGGGUCGAGACUCCUGCUAUGGAGACUCAGGUGGCCCUCUGGUCUGCAAUGUGGCAGGCUCAUGGACCCUGGUGGGAGUGGUCAGCUGGGGCUAUGACUGUGCCCUGAAUGACAUUCCUGGAGUCUAUGCACGUGUGCAACCCUUCCUGCCCUGGAUCAGGCGGCAGAUACAGAAGUUCCCUUGA